GGCGCGCUGGAUUGAGGAAGGGGCUGCCGCGAGCCAAACUAUUUCCACGCGCAGCGCGCCCUUCAGGCUACUCUGUCCGCUAAUGAACCUUUAGCCUCUUGGAGUGGCCUCCCCGGGUGACUUCCCUAGCAAAGAUGAGCAAGUGGAUCUGAGUGCGCCGUGAAGAAAGCCAAGGAAAAACCCCACUGGAGAAAGUCAUUUCAAAUCGGCCAGUGGUUAGCCGGCCGCCAAUCAGCGAGGUGUCCCGGCCUGGCUUACUGUCCUUCCCUCCCUCUUUCCCUUCCUCUGUUGUACCCCCCCCCCCCAGGGGGCGGGAGGCCAGGACCAGAGUGCGGUAUUGACAUGUAAAAUAAGGGCCCUCUAUAAAGGCUGGGCAUUCCAGUGCAAGCCGCGAGGACCCCAUUGCAGCCGCACAGAAUCCAGGAAGACGAUGGUCACCGAUUCAGCGCCUCGGGGGAAUCUGGCAGUUUGCAGCUUCCGAAAGAUAUCCAAGCCACUAAUGGAAAAGAAAAGACGAGCGAGGAUCAACGUAUCCCUGGAGCAGCUGAAAACUCUGCUGGAGAAACACUAUUCGCACCAGAUCCGAAAGCGCAAACUGGAGAAGGCAGAUAUUCUGGAAUUGAGCGUCAAAUACAUGAAAAGCCUACAGAACUCUGUUCAAGGUGUUCCCCCAGUGUUCACCAGCGCCGAAUACCAGGCGGGCUUUCGGAGCUGCCUCCACGGGGUGAGCCAAUUUUUGCGUCGCUCCGAGACAAGCUACAGCCUGCCCUGCCACCUGCUUCAGGAGCUGGCGCGUGUCGGCCUCCAGGCGGGUGCCCCGGGCUUCAGUACCACGGACAGCGCCACUUCUACUUCUAACCCUGAGGUGCCGUCUCCAGGCUUCGCCAGAGGCCCCGGGGCUAUGGAGCCUUGGGGCUCCUCUCCCGCUGCCAACACCCUGCGGCCAUCCAGACAGAGGCUUCUCCUUCCUACAGCCCCCACCACAUCGGUCCCAGUUCCUCACCAGAGUCCCCAGCCGGAAGUCCAUCGGAACAGCGCCUCCGGGGAGGGUGGCAGAGGGCAGAGCGUGUGGCGUCCCUGGUAACCCUGUACCAAGGUCCAGCUGUAGAAGAGAACUUUAUGCCCAGAGCUGACCAGGUCAGCAGCUGGAGGGCAGCAGCCACGGACUAUUGGUACUUCUUGGGGCUGCCCAUGCUUUGCUCUGGCUUUGAGGUCCCUUUCUUCUCUCCGCCCCAUGGAGAGCUGUUUUAAGAGAUCAUUCUGACUUCGGGGCUGGAGAAAGGGAAAGCACUCAACUUCCACUUGUGGAUGUAGGCUAUUGUUGGAUGCUAUUUAAAAAGAAAAACAACAACCAACUCAGAGUUCGUUCUGCUGGAGUGAGGGUCCUCCCAUUUUGGGGAGGGUGGAGAACUGGGAUACGCAGAUGAUUGAGGUUUUGAGGGAUGGAAAAUAAGCUAGGGGCGUUUCCAGGAAAGUGGUGUCCCAGUCACUCCUGGGCGACCCUCAGCAAGCCCA